AUGGCCAAGUGUCUACACUUUCUCCUUUUAUUCACCGUGGUAACAAUGUCAAUAUAUUCAUCUCAAGCUCAAAACUCCCAAAAAGACUAUCUAGACGCCCACAAUGCUGCACGUGCCCAAGUGGGUGUUGGACCCAUGGUAUGGGAUGAUAAAGUAGCAGCCUUUGCUCGAAACUAUGUCAAUCAGAGGAUUGGUGACUGCAACCUCGUCCACUCUAGCGGACCCUAUGGAGAGAACCUUGCAAAGGGCAGUGGAGAUUUUACCGGCAAGGCAGCCGUGGAUUUAUGGGUGGCAGAGAAGCGCAAUUAUGUCUAUAAGUCGAAUUCAUGCGUGGGAGGAGAGUGCGGGCAUUACACACAGGUAGUGUGGCGUAACUCAGUACGCCUUGGAUGCGCUAGAGCCCGGUGCAACAAUGGGUGGUGGUUUAUAUCUUGCAACUAUGAUCCUCCCGGUAAUUUUAUUGGCCAACGCCCUUAUUAA